AAAACGUACCAUUCCAACCAUUGUCAGUUGUACUCAGUGGCUUCCACCCUUUUUGUGUCUUCAGUCCUGGUUUAGUCCUGAAGGGCGAGGGGGCCAAAAGACAGCUUUGUGACGGCAAAUGUCAGACUGUCAGAGGGUGGCGCAGCUGGCUCUCAGCCAGGUGUGCAGCUCAGGGCAUUCCCGAGAGGGGGAUCCUGCAGGAAAACAGCCCGGGUCAGGAUCGAGGGCAGCGCCCCUGCUCUCGGACCGCCUCCCCCCUGGACAGCAGGGCAAGGGCGAUGGCACCCCAUCUGGUGCAGCCUGGGUGGCGCUUCUGGCGGCAGGCGGCGUGCACUCUGGGAGCCUCUGUGCAGCACAGGACAUGGGCAGGGGCGUCCAGGAUCCCCAGGCUGGGCAGCCCUUGGGGAGCCACGGCCACCAGCCCCCGGGUCUACAGAAGUGGCUUUUCCACGUUCCCCCGGGCCCCGGAGGUGAUGCUGACCCGGGAGCGCUACCCUGUGAGGCGGCUGCCAUUCUCCGUGGUGUCUGGGGAAGACCUGGCAGCCUUUGAACGCAUCGUCCCCGGCAGGGUCAUCACAGACCCAGAGGUGCUGGAGGCUUCAAAUGUGGACUGGCUUCGAACCGUCCGAGGGAGCAGCGUGCUGCUGCUGAGGCCGCGGACGACAGAGGAGGUGUCCCACAUCCUCAGGCACUGUCACGAGAGGAACCUGGCCGUGAACCCGCAGGGGGGAAACACAGGCAUGGUGGGGGGCAGCGUGCCCGUCUUCGAUGAGGUCAUCUUGUCCACCGCCCUGAUGAACCAGGUCAUCAGCUUCCACGACAUGUCCGGGACCCUGGUGUGCCAGGCGGGCUGUGUCCUGGAGGAUCUCAGCCGUCACGUGGAGGAGAGGGGCUUCGUCAUGCCCCUGGACCUGGGGGCCAAGGGCAGCUGCCACAUCGGGGGAAAUGUGGCCACCAAUGCAGGCGGCCUGCGGUUUCUGCGCUACGGCUCACUUCAUGGGACCGUCCUAGGCCUGGAAGCGGUUCUCGCGGACGGCACGGUCCUGAACUGCCUGAGCACCCUGCGGAAGGACAACACGGGCUACGAUCUGAAGCAGCUCUUCAUCGGGUCCGAGGGCACGCUGGGGGUCAUCACGGCCGUGUCCAUCUUGUGUCCGCCCAAGCCCAGGGCUGUGAGCGUGGCUUUCCUCGGUUGUCCGGGCUUCUCUGAGGUCCUGCAGACCUUCAGCACCUGCAAGGGGCUGCUGGGCGAGAUCCUGUCCGCGUACGAGUUCAUGGAUGCCGAGUGCAUGUGGCUGGUCACGCGUCACCUUCGCCUCGCCAGCCCGGUGCAAGAUCCCAGCCGGUUCAUUCCAGACCAGCACACGGGACGCCGAUAUCACGUUGCAGAAAGUGUCUGUGCCUCGGAACCUGUAGAUCCUGAGAGUCCCUUCUAUGUUCUGAUCGAGACCUCAGGCUCCAGAGCAGGUCAUGAUGCUGAGAAGCUGAAUGACUUCCUGGAGCAGGUGCUGAGCUCCGGCCUGGUGACGGAUGGGACCGUGGCCACAGACCACAUGAAAGUCAAGGCGCUGUGGGCCCUCAGGGAGAGGAUCUCGGAGGCGCUGAGCCGGGAUGGCUACGUGUACAAGUACGACCUCUCCCUGCCCACCGAGAGGCUCUACGACCUUGUGACUGACCUGCGCGCACGCCUCGGCCCGCGGGCCAAGCACGUGGUGGGCUACGGCCACCUGGGGGAUGGGAACCUGCACCUCAACGUGACGUCAGAGGCCUUCAGCCCUUCGGUGCUGGGCACCCUGGAGCCCUAUGUGUACGAGUGGACGGCCGAGCAGCGGGGCAGCGUCAGUGCAGAGCACGGCCUGGGCUUCAAGAAGAGGGGCGUCCUCGGCUACAGCAAGCCGCCCGAGGCCCUGCGGCUCAUGCAGCAGCUCAAGGCCCUCUUGGACCCCAAGGGCAUCCUGAACCCCUACAAGACGCUACCUGCCCAGGCCUGACGGGGCCUGCUGGGGCCAGUGGGAGACAUGGGAGGGGCCUUGGUCCUGUCCUGGUCUUGCUGUCCUGGUCGCAGUGGGCCUGCAGGGCUGGCUGGGGGCGGGGUGGGGGCGGGGUGGGGGCGGGUCCCUCCCGGCUGUGCUGCUCAGCCUCUGUGCAGACGCCCUCCAGCCCUCUGCAGGUUGGGAGACGGCCUCCUGCUGCACGUGCCGGGCAGGCCGGUGGGCGAGCAGUUCUGCCCACUCCAGAGACCGGCUGCAGCCGUGGGAGGGGACGUGGAUGGUCCUGUCCCCCAUGUGGCGUGAGCCCCCGGCAGAGGUGAUGAGCUCUGUGUGGGGUCCGUCCCGGGUCACCAGGGUCACCUUUGAGCCAGAGUGACAGGGAUGGUCUCCACCCUGGAAGGCAUCGUUCCUCCAUUUUCUGGAAGGUCUGUGCAUUGGCAAGACCAUUGUCAGAGGUCAGCCAUUAGUUUUUCGUCUCGGUGGUUUGCUGUGAGGUGUCUGGUCUUCUGCAUCAAAGGUCGGUGAGGCCAGGGGCCAGGCCCGGGCACGCUGCUUCCGCGGCCCUGGCCUGCCAGUUGCUGUUGCCCUGGGGCCUCCUGGGGCUGUGGAGGUCUGAGGUUGGGUAUGUUUUCGCUUUCUGGCCGUCAUGAACUUCCAGUAAAAAUGGGAAUUAAUCACGA